AUGACAGCGUCCGGGGAGAGUAUCCCGUCCAUCUUUGGGAGACCCAGCACGGCCCCGGGUAACCCCGCUGCCACUCCCGCGCCGGCGGCGGCCACCAGCAACGGCAACAACGGGGCCAUCCUAUCCCAGUCGGCGAACAACCUGUCGAGCGCCGGCACCGUCGUGCCACCGCACAGCACUGCCACCACUACCGCUGCGGCAUCGUCCGGCGGCGGCGGCACAUACAUCAUGGCCAACUCGCCUGUAAAGGUCCGGCCUGUCACCCAUGGCUAUCGUCCCAAGGUGACGCGGACGCUAGGUCAGCGGCCGGCCUGCCUGGUGAACGCAUCGGUCACGUACUGCGGCAACAACCAGAUCUUUGCCUUUGGAGGCUUCGAUCAGUACACGGACGAGGUGUACAACCAUGUGCUCCGGUUGGACCUAGCGAGCCACCAGUGGUCCCUCGUUGACAAUUACGGCGACAUUCCCGGUGUGCGGAUGGGCCACACUGCUACCCUCUAUCAGGGCGACAAGCUACUCAUCUUUGGUGGCGAGAACGAGCAUCGAACAUACCUAUCCGACCUCAUCAUCUUCGACCUCAAGACUGCGCACUGGACGCAACCGUCGGUGACGGGACCCAUCCCCAAGGGUCGCGCGCGGCACGCCGCCGUCUUGCACGAAGACAAGCUGUUUGUCAUAGGAGGCAUCACUGGGCAGAACAACUACGUGUUGGAUGACAUUUGCUUCCUCGACCUCAAGACGUACACGUGGUCGCGGUCGUGGCGCUUCGUCGGCCGCUUCGACCACUCGGCAUAUAUAUGGGGCGAUCGGGUCUGGGUAUUUGGCGGGCUGAGCGAGGACAUGGACAAGAUCAGCGAUAUGUGGUGGCUCGAUCUCAAGGGCACACCCGAGUUUGACUCGCGGCCCCAGAUUGGUGUCUUUGACCGGCACUCCGCGGGCCGCAUGCAACCGUCGGGCGGGUCUUACCGCCAACCGUAUAGCAUAGGAGGGCCGACGCAGACGGCCGUGGGGACGACGUCCGGGUACGCGGCCAACUCGCGCACCGCGCAGGUCAACCCCCCCUCUUUCCAGGUCAAGUCGUACGCGCCCAUCGCACCGGGUUCCAUCUCGGCCCUCAAGUUCAUGUCAGGCUCGACCACGCCGCCGCAGGGAUCCGGAAUCCACUUCCACGCCUACUCGUCCGGGACGCUCCUCGACUUCGUCACACCCGCAGCCACAAUCACCCCCCGCGAAUGCUCGCUGUCGGUGCUGGAUCUGACCACGCUCCGGUGGCAGAAGCUCGCCGAGGGCCGCGAGAUAUUCAAGGCCGGGUACAGGUGGCACUACUGCACCAUCAACGAAGACGGCACCAAGGCCUGGCUGCUAGGAUGUGCCACGGACCCUGCGACCACCGACGUAGGGCCCAACGGCUACGAAGAAUACCUCAGUGACAUAAUGGAGAUUGAUCUCCGACGCUACGGCUUCCUGGGGAACAACCUGACGCCGGAGCCGCGCGAGACGACGCGUCCGUCGCUCACGGCCCGACCGAUAGAUCAGCCGUCGCAGGGUCUAGGCUCCGACCUAGCCAAGCUCUUCAACCAGCCGCCCGAAACAGGUAGCGGUACCGACUUCAUCAUCACAGCCCUCCCAGAGGGCUCCUCGCCCGACGAGGACUCAGGCAGCACAGUGCUAGACGGCUACGCCGAGGACGACGAGUACGCCGACGAGCCCGUCACGGAUGUGGGCGUCAGGAACGGCUGGCUCACGAACGGCGCGCCCACGUCGCAGCCCAUCCAUGUGCACAAGCUCAUCCUGCAGGCGCGCUGGCCGCACUUCUCCCGCCUGUACAAGUCGCGCAUGGCCGAGUUCCACGCCAACAGGAUGCAUAUGCCCGAGCCGUUCCCCGUGGUACAGUCCUUCCUCCACUACCUGUACACGGACCAUAUCCGGUCCCGCGGCGACCCGGCCGACACGCCGACCCGCCUGUCCGACGUGGCUGGCCUCCUGAUCCUGUCAAACAUGUACAACCUCUCCCACCUGCGUCUCCUGUGCGUCAACCGCCUGGCCCGCGAGCUCGACGUCGAGCACGCCUGCUCCAUCUGGCAUGCCGCCGGCCUGGCGGACGAGGAGUGGCUGCGCAAGCGCGCCGGGAACUUCUGCUUCAACCACUGGGGCCGUAUCGUCCGCACGAAGGGCUUCCUCCGCUUGCCGCGGUCCGCUCUCGUGGAACUCAGCCAGGAGAUCGACAUGGAGGGCAGGGUCGUCGGGGGCGAGGAGCUCGAGUGGGGUGCUGCCGCUGCUGCCGCCGCCGAGGCCGCCGGUCCCGGUGGCCUCAUGCUUCACGAUUCCGGUGGCCAUCAUGGAAGCGAUGGGCUGAGGAAGGUGAGUAUAGGGAGUGGUGGGAGUGGUCAGCUUCUCGAGUCCGAGGUUGAUGAUGAUGGGAUGGAUAUGAAUUAG